AUGGGAAUAAGCGGCCUGCUUCCCUUACUCAAGGACAUUCACCGCUCUGUUCACCUUAGCAACUACAGUGGACAGGCUGUUGGAGUGGACGCGUAUGUCUGGCUGCACAAAGGCGCAUUUGCUUGUGCAUCUGAAUUGUGCCAGAACAUUCCUACUACAAAAUAUAUCACCUACUGCCUUAACAAAGUGCGACAACUUCAGAAUCACAACAUAUGGCCAAUCAUCGUGUUUGAUGGAGACCGGCUUCCAAUAAAAAUGCGUACUGAAAACGAUCGACACAAACGACGAGAGAUUUCGAGAGCCAAGGGAUUCGAGUAUUUGCGUGCAGGACAACGAGACAAAGCACAGGACUGCUUUCAAACGUGUGUGGAUGUCACUCCUCGCAUGGCACACGAACUUAUCAAGGAACUCCGAGCAAAUAAUAUCGAAUACAUUGUUGCACCCUACGAGGCAGAUGCACAAUUAACCUAUCUCAACAAAAUUGGAGAUAUAUCGGCAAUUAUUACUGAAGAUUCAGACCUGCUUGUGUUUGGGUGCUCCAAGGUAAUACUCAAACUAGAUCAUCAAGGAAAUGGGAUAGAGAUUCGGCAGGAAGAUAUUGCAAAUAUUAAAGAAAUGCGUUUUUGGUCGAGCGAUAAAUUCCGGCACAUGUGCAUCUUAUCUGGAUGUGAUUACUUGGAGUCUCCACAGGGAAUUGGCAUUAAGAAAUCCAUCAAAUUAUUGGCAAAAUGCGAAGCUGCCACUGUAAGUGAUGAUGCUAUGUACAAGAUUUACUCGACAUCAACGACUGCCAAUUCGCCCAAAUUACCACCCAAUUACUAUAGCCGGUUCAUGUUGGCGGAUUUUGCUUUUCAGCAUCAGCGCGUAUAUGAUCCACAGCAAGGAAUACUUGUGCCACUUACACCUUUCCCACCAGAUCUGGAAUUAACCGAAGAGCUGUCUAUGAUAAUUGGCCCGUAA